AUGUCGUCGGGCACGCUCUACAUCAGGGACUCGCGAACAGAUGCGCUGUACGAGAUUCCGAUACGAAGGAAUUCAGUUUCGGCCGCCGAUUUCAAACGGAUUAAGGCUCCAGGAAUCGGCGCGAACCGAGCCGACCAGGUCUCAGGCGGACUGAGAGUGCACGAUCCGGGACUGCUGAAUACGACUGUAAUUGAAUCUGCUAUCAGCUUCUCAGACCAUGAACGUGGCCUUCUUCUCUUCCGCGGCUAUAGCUUGGAAGAACUCUGGAAGAGCGACUUUGAAGACAUGCUGCAUCUCCUGGUAUGGGGAUCGUAUCCGACCCCGCCGCAGAAGGAGCAGCUUCGAUCGAAGUUGGCAGCGCAAAUGCUCGCCGUCCCUGAAACUGUCCAGACGGCGGUGCAGUCCUUGCCCAACACCACACCCCCAUUAGCGCUCAUAUUAACGGGUUUAUCCACCUAUUUAUCCUGCAUCCCAGAGACUAUUCCCGCUUCUACCGACGCCCAUCAGUACCGGGCUAACAGGGAAAACGUUGACAACGCCGUCCUACGCACCGUUGCCGCGUACGCAGUGGUGUUUGGGAUCGUGGCAAGCCACCGCAAGAGCAUCCCAUUCACCCCGCCCUCUCCGGAUAGGACCUACUGCGAGAACCUCUUCACAAUGGCUGGCUUAGUCGAUCCAGUCGCAGGCAUGCCGGACCCAGUCAAGCUCUCCUGCUUCCGCCGCUUCGCCAUGCUGAAUGCUGACCAUGGCAUGGCUCUCACCGUCUUCUCGGCCCUCGUGACGGCUUCUUCCCUCACAGACCCUGUGUCGUGUCUCAUCACAUCUGUUGCGUCAGCAUGGGGCCCGCUGCACUUUGGCGCAACAGAAUCCGCCCAGCGCGCUUUGGCAGAUAUUGGGACGGAGGCCGGAAUCCCUGCCUUCCUAGACGAAGUCAAACAGGGUCGUAAAAGGUUAUUUGGCUAUGGCCACCGCUCCUAUAAGAGGAUAGACCCACGAGUGCGUUUUGUCCAGUCAAUCCUUCAUGACCUGCCUUCUACCCGUCUCUUGAAAUUAGCCGAGGCCAUUGAGUGCGCUGCAUCGGCGGAUGACUAUUUUCGCAGCAGGGGGUUAUACCCAAAUGCGGAUUUUUAUGGGAACUUUGUCUUUACGGGGAUAGGGUUCGAGGUCGAAAUGAUCCCGGCAGCUAUGCUUGCGCAACGAAUCAUGGGCAUCAUGGCGCACUGGCGGGAGUACAUGCGUGAGUUCUGUGCCCAUACCACCCGUGCGAUGCAACGGUGA